AGCUCUGUUAAAGUUCCUUGUUGCUAUGCAAGUCUGCUGGAGACGCAAGUUAAAUAACUUUAUUAUUUGACCGCUCCACGGCGCUCUUUUCCUGUUUGCUCGCCUUCGCUUAUAUUUGUCUCAAUCGCCCAUAUAUUCCUCGCAUUACCACAACAUGUCGCCAUUGCGCCUCUUUUGAACCGGAAACUCCAUGUAUUUUCGUUGCUAUUCUCCUGUUAUGAUGUCCCGGUUGCCUGUCUGUGUGGUGCAGUGCUUGAGUCUGUGGAAUUGGAAUAUCAUGGCCGCCUGAGCAAGUUUCAGUCAGUCUGCUCUCCUUUCUCUCUUCAAAACCGGGAUCUUUCAUUUUUUUCAGCUUUUCUCGGGUUCUACCUUCGUUUAAAGGAUUUAUGAUUCAUGUCAAAGCCUCAACAUGCAGCCUCCUCCGAGAAAGGUAAAAGUCACCCAAGAGCUGAAGAACAUUCACACUGAACAGAUGAGCAGACUGCAAGCCAAGCACCAAGCAGAAUGCGAUUUACUGGAAGACAUCAGGACUUACAGCCAAAAGAAAUCUGCAAUAGAAAAGGACUAUGCACAGGCUCUCCAGAAAUUAGCCAGCCAGUACUUAAAGAAAGAUUGUCCGGGUGUGAAAACAGAAGAACGAACUGAUUACAGGAAUGUCUAUACAGUAUGGAAGUCUUUUUUAGAAGGGACUGUGCAGGUAUCUCAAUCUCGCAGUAACAUCUGUGAAAACUACAAGAACCAGAUCUCAGAACCGGCGAAGACUCUGAAACUGCUGAAGGAACAGCAGUUAAAAAAGUGCAUAGACCAGUUGACACGUAUCCAAUCGGAGUUGCAGGAUACGGUAAAGGACCUGGCGAAAUCCAAAAAGAAGUACUUUGAGACGGAACAGAUGGCUCACACAGUGAGAGAGAAGGCAGACAUUGAAGCCAAGUCUAAACUUAGUUUAUUUCAUUCAAGAAUAAGUUUACAGAAAGCCAGUGUAAAGUUAAAAGCCAAGAGGAGCGAUUGCAACUCGAAAGCCACGCACGCCAGGAAUGAUUACCUUCUGACGCUGGCAGCUGCAAAUGCACACCAGGACCGUUACUAUCAGACCGACCUGAUGAACACCAUGAAGGAUCUUGAUGGCGACAUCUACGAUCACGUAAAGGAUUAUUUAAUAUCAUUCAGCCGGACUGAACUCGAGACGUGUCGGUCCGUACACAAUACAUUCCAAUUUCUGUUGGAAACGUCCAGCAGGGUGAUGCAGGAUUUCAAUCAGCAGCUGUUUCUGCAGGAGAAUCCAGUCUUUCACAAAGCACAAGUCUUUCACUUCCAGCCCAGUGACAGCGACAUGAGUUUAAAUGCUGUCCAGCUGGUGGACAUUGAGCCCUCGCCUGUCAGUGCUAUGAGAAUGACUUUAUCGGAGAGCCGUCAACUGGAGUCUGAGACGGGGACAACCGAAGAGCACAGUCUGAAUAAAGAAGCUCGUAAGUGGGCAACAAGGGUGGCCCGGGAGCAUAAAAAUAUCAUCCAUAACCAACGGGCCUUAGAGGAGUACGAUACCCACGGGGUUGUGCCAACAGAACAAAGUCGUAUCGAACUGGAACAAAAAGUCGAGGAAGCAAAAGAAAAUAUCCGGAAAGCAGAGACGGUGAAGCUGAAGGCAGAGGCCCGCCUGGACUUGCUGCGUCAAAUCGGGGUGUCUGUGGACACGUGGCUGAAGAGUGCCAUGAACCAGGUGAUGGAGGAGCUGGAGAAUGAGCGCUGGGCCAGCCUCCCGACCCUGUCCAACAACGACUCCUCACUCUCGAUGGGAGCAGAUGAGAGAGAGGAGGGGGAGGAGUUUGAGGACAACAUGGACGUGUUUGACGACAGCAGCUCCAGUCCUUCCGGCACCUUGAGGAACUACCCGCUGACCUGCAAGGUCCUCUACUCCUACAGGGCUUCACAACCAGAUGAGCUGACUAUAGAGGAACAGGAGGUGCUGGAGGUUAUUGAAGAUGGAGACAUGGAAGACUGGGUGAAGGCAAAGAAUAAAGGUGGGCACGUGGGCUAUGUCCCGGAGAAGUACCUUCAGUUUCCUACGUCCAACAGCCUCUUAAGCAUGCUGCAGUCCCUGGCAGCCCUGGACGCACGGUCCCACACAUCGAGCAACUCCACAGAGCCUGAGCUGGCAUCGGGCAGCAUGAACGGAGAUGCAAGUGUUAGUUUUGUGAAGGCACUGUACGAAUACAACGGGCAGACGGAAGACGAGCUGUCGUUCCCGGAGGGGGCCAUCAUCCGCAUCCUGAACAAAGACAACCAGGAGGAUGACGGCUUCUGGGAGGGGGAGUUCAACGGGUGCGUGGGCGUCUUCCCCUCAGUGCUGGUGGAAGAGCUGGUUGGCUCAGAGAACGGCGACUCCCAGUGGAUCGGAGGGGACGUGCAGGUUUCUCCUUCCUCGAAGCUGCAGACUUCCCUCCCUCCUUUGCCGCUGUACGACCAGCCGCCCUGCAGCCCCGACAAUAACAACUCGCAGUUCUUCCCCAGGUCGCCCUCCGUGAACGAGCACAAUAGUUUCAGUUCAGACUGCCCUGGCUUCUCUCAGCUGCCCCGAUUCACCCCAGACAGCGCUCGGGGCAAGCUUCGACCUGUGCGAGCUGCCCCCCCUCCCCCCACACAGCACCCCCGCAGACAGGCAGAGAAGACGGAGGAAGUGGAGAUCACCUUGGUGUAACAGCGCUGAACUCUUCUGUGCGCCACACAAGCAGAGCUCCUCGUCGGAACGGUGGCCAGUCUUAUCGUUUUGCGUUGGGAAAUGACGUCUCGAAGCAUGAGAAGGGAUAAAAGAGUGCAAUUUUGGGGAUGGCAAGCGACUUCUUCAAAGUCACAAAUGUUUUGUGCCUGACUUGCGCAUCCCUUUUCAUGGGCAUUGAAACCAGAAUAGACUGACUGUCCGAGUAAAGAAAGACAGAAAGCUGAAGAAUGGCCUCGGCUUGUGGAUGAAGAUGAUUGGAGCAGACUGAGGCUUUUUUUUUUUUUUAGGCCUCGUUACAUGUAGUCCUAUCAUAUGUAUAUAAUGUGCAUUAGUACAGUACAUUACUGUUGCCAUAGGAAUGUUCAGAAUACGCGAAACAUUUCUUCAUAUAGCAUUACCAAGUCUAUACUUUAUUUGAUAUAAAACAGAUACUAUUGAGAGCCAAACGAAAGGGAAUUGACUGACAUGUUAAAGGGGGCUGGUUCCUCUUCUGUGAUUUUCCUCUUCAUAAAAAAAUUAAAAAUAAAGUUAAUCUCUUAUCUCAUAGAUAAGGGACAUGUGGCAAUUGAAAUAAGAUAAGCUAAUACUCUUUUCAGCUUUUACAAUGGUGUCUGUAUUACUAAUAUUUAGUCAAGUGUAACAAAUAAAUAAAUAAUAAACGCAAUACAGAUUUAUUCGUAUAGGAAUUGGUGGUAAUCAUGAAAACUGAUCUAGAUAACGUAGAGAUAGAUAAGUCUGUUUACUCCCCAUUUCACUUCUAUUAUAAUGAGUUAAGCAUUCAAUGUGUGCGUGUUUGUAUGUAUGUAUGUGGAUCACUAUUUGAAUAUGAGUUGCUGUGCAUCAUAAUACACAUGUCUAUUUCCUGGAUCUGUGCUGUUUCUACAUUUAAACACUAGAAAGAUGGUGGCGCUUUCUGACAGGUAAAUUAUGUCUGACAGGAAUUUAUCAGCCUAUGAAACAGUAUUUCAAACUAGACAUUAGCUGCAAUGCCUUUUCUGAUACUUAUUUGGCAAAUCAGCUCUUCAGACUAAAAAACAGUAAUAGUAAUUUUAGAAGCAGUUCACUGUUUUAUUUAUGUUUUUUUAUAAAGCUGUGUUUUCAGACUAU